AUGGCCUCCAGCCCAACAGCAACCGAAAUCCUCGCCCGCUUCUACGAAGCCGAAUCCAUCUACUUGGCUGCACCACCCCAUGAGCGCGACUUCGCCAACGGUAUGGCCACCGUCCUCUCCCCCGACUUCGAGCUCUAUCAGUCUCCGGACCUACCACAUUCGCAGUCCCUCUACGAAGGCCACGCUGGCCUCUUGAAUUGGAGCGAGGAGAUGGCUGCGCUGGUCGACCAGCUGAAAGUUGCGGAUCCGAAGUUCUUUGAGCGGGAGGGAGCGGAUGAGGUCGUGGUGAUCAGUGUUUUGAAGUUGCGGACGAGGGAAGGGGGCAGGAAGACCGAGUUGCCCCUUUUGCAGAUCGUGAGUGUGGAUCGGGAGAAGGGAUGGAUCACGAGUACGAGGCCGUUUUAUUGGGAUGUUGCUGGGUUGAGGGGGUUGGUCGGGAGGGAGGACUGA